AUGGUUACGGUCCUCGACUCUGACUCGGACGAUGAUAAUAUUGCGCCGCAGGUGAUAUCAAAUCGACUGCUCAGCGCGUUUCUGAGGCCUCAAGGAGGCAAGAGGAUAUCACUGUCUGCUGCUCAGCUCAAGCAAAGCAAUGACUCGACGUCUUCAGAUUCUAGACCACAGUCAAAGUGCUCAAAUGUGUCGGUAGUCAUCACGCUACCACGACAACCACAUUCACAACAACUACAGCCGCCAAGCGCUCCGUCGGGAACUAUCAGCCGGAAGCGAUCUCUAUCCUCCAGUGGUGAUAUCAAUGUUCUGUCUAGGAAGCUUGCCGCCACUGAGAUCCCAGACCACCAUGGCCUGAGUCAAUUUUUCUCUAUUGAAAGCUCGGAUGUAAAGGGACCACAGCUUAAGCUGAAGAGGUGUCACAGAAGCGCCGUUAGAAUCCCCCAGCAACAACAGCGGUAUACUCCGCCAAAAAGACGCAAUGACAAGGAGUCGGCAACUGAUCGUCUUGAAGCUCUGUAUAACAAGAAGCUUCGUUGCAUAAAGGGCCCGCCGGUCCGCUUCGUGGCCGCCAGAGAGAUGGCCCGAGAUCUCAACUUCAACUUUGACUUCAUAGACCGUUACAAGCUCCAUGAUGGUGUUGAAGAAAUUGAUACUGAAUACCUCUGCGGUUGUAACUGCGUUAAAUGCGAUGCAAACUGCGAAUGCCUAGCCCAUGAAGACAUCAUUCACUACCAGCGCGGCCGCGCAAUCCGGGCCGUGUUAACGCCGGACAUCAUCAAGAAGCGGACCGCGAUGAUCAAGGAAUGCUCGCCCCGCUGUUCGUGCUCUAGUUCAGGGUGCUGGAACCAUCUUGUCUACCGUGGCCGUCGAGUCAAGCUUGAAAUCUUCCAGACCGGGAACUGCGGCUUUGGGGUCCGGUCGCCUCACUCCAUAGAGAGAGGCCAAUUCAUUGAUGUCUACGUGGGUGAGGUCAUUGACUUAUCUACUAGUGACAAUCGAGAAGAGGCAAUUGACGCUGAGAUACACUCAAGCUACCUGUUUUCCCUAGACUACUUUGCCGAAGAGACCGAGGUGACCUAUGUUGUUGAUGGACGCAAGUUUGGCUCCAUCACCAGGUUUAUGAAUCAUUCCUGCAAUCCGACUUGCAGGAUGAUUCCCGUUUCCCAGUCCGAUGACCCUAAUGUAUACCAGCUUGCCUUCUUUGCUAUCCAGGAUAUUCCGGCCGGUACCGAACUGACGUUUGAUUACCACCCUGGCUGGGAGAAACAAGAGACUAUCGAUUCAGGUGCUACGAGAUGUCUCUGCGGUGAGCCAAACUGCCGUGGCCAGCUGUGGCCAAGUAAACGGAAAACCACCCGUCCCGGUGAAGAUACUGCUUCUUCUUCUGAUGAUGAUGAUGAGUCUUCCGGAGAGUCCGGAGACGACAAGUGA